AUAUUUACGAGACCCCACGAGUGGGCUUCUGCUACUUUUUCCUCCUCUCCAACGUCCCCAUCCGCUCCUCUCUCUCUCUCUCUCUCGCGCUGCUCAGGGAAAAAACAACAGUCAAUCACGAACGUCCGAGAACGAACCCCACAAACACUGCGAAAUUUAAGACUCACUCUCUCUCCUGCCUUUCUUAUCUCUGUCUCUCUCUAGAACAAAGAGGGAUGAUGAGUUAGAGGAGCAAAGAGACGGGCUUGAUCAAUCGCCUUUGAACCCAGAAAAAGAAGACCCCUCAAACCCCACCUCCCACCCCCACCAAAUGGAACUAACAGAUUUGCAAAGCAACAAGCAAACCAACACCACCACUCACCACCACCACCACCAACAACAACACCAUCAUCAUCAUCAACACCACCACCCCCAGCAACAACAAAACCAGUCCACUUCUUCUCACCUUGUGGUCCCUUUUGAUGGCAGAUCAGGAGGACCCUUUAUGGGCUCCAUCUCCAUCCAAGCUGGCCUCUCCACCCAUGCCGGUGCAUCCACUUCCUCAUCUUCCUCUCCUUUGCCCUCCUCCUCUUCGUCAUCCUCCACUUCUACCUCUACUGCCCUCGACGCCUCCCUCGCCAUCGCCACCAGAUCCGACUCCCACCCGGCCUCCACCCGAUCCGCUCCCCUCCUCGACUCCAUAAAGAAGGACCCACAACAACAAUUGUCAAUCGUACCGAUUGCAACAACAACUACAACUACAACAGCUACCACAACACCCACCCCAGUAAAGCGAUCCACCAAGGACCGCCAUACCAAGGUCGACGGUCGAGGCCGCCGCAUCCGAAUGCCGGCCACAUGCGCCGCCAGGGUCUUCCAAUUGACCAGAGAAUUGGGCCACAAGUCCGACGGAGAGACUAUCGAGUGGCUGCUACAGCAGGCCGAACCAGCAAUUAUCGCUACUACCGGUACUGGUACAAUCCCAGCCAAUUUUUCCACUCUCAACGUCUCGCUUCGCAGCAGCGGUUCAACGCUCUCAGCUCCUCCAUCAAAAUCUGCUUCUCAUUCGUUUCAUGGCGCUUUGGCUCUAGCUCACCAUCCUUACCACGAAGAAGGAUUCGCUCACCCGGCUUUUUUAGGUUUUCAUCAACAGCAGCAGCAGCAACAUCUUAUGACAGCAGAUCAAAUAGGAGAAGCGCUUCCCAGUGGCGGCGGAAGCGGUAGCGGUGGUGGUGGGGAGAGCGGUGGCGGCGGAGAUUCCACAGAGAAUUAUAUGAGAAAGCGUUUCAGAGAAGAUCUAUUCAAGGAAGAUACUCAUACUCAACCACAAGGUGGUGAAAGUGGAGGUGGAGAAAGUAACUCGCCUUCAGGGAAUAAGGCUUUCAAGAGUGGCUUACAAUUACCGAAAGCUCAAGUGCAGGAGGCAGGAUCUUCGGGGUUGCUUAGGCCUUCCAAUAUCCUGCCCGCCACAUUCUGGAUGCUGCCAGUUAACGCUGGUUCAGGUGGCCCAUCCGUCGCCAUCACCACUUCUGGCGCUGGUCCUUCAGAAUCACAUAUGUGGACUUUUCCCACGGCGCCAACAGCGAGCGGUAACACAUUACAGGCACCACUGCAUUUCAUGCCGAGGUUCAAUCUUCCAGGCAGCAGUCUUGAAUUCCAAGGCAGUAGAGCGAGUCCUCUACAACUGGGUUCCAUGUUAAUGCAGCAGCAACCCUCUCAGCAUCUUGGGCUUGGAGUGUCGGAGUCCAAUUUGGGAAUGCUGGCUGCUCUCAAUGCUUAUUCUAGAUCAGGUGGUUUGAACAUGAAUUCUGACCAGCAUAAUCACCCAUUAGAUCAGCAUCAUCAACACCAGCGUCAAGCUAAUGAUAGUGGAGAUGAAGGCCCUAAUAGUUCUCAGUGAAAGUCCAAAUUAAAUAUUCGAGUUGAUUUGGAAGUUGAACUUGUGAUGAUGAGUUGAGUUCUUGAAAACGUCGUCCGAUCAGGAGAGGGGUUCCUAGUUCUCAUUCUAGUCAAGUUCUUUGAGUUUUUUUUUUUUUUUUUUCCAACUGUUUUUGGGAUUUGUCUAGAUUGAUCGAUCAUGUGGAGUCUGAGAUGUAAUUUAUUAGUUUGGUCCAAAGGGACUAGAAGGAACAGGCAGAGAGAGAUAUUGUAUAGGAGGAUAUUUGUUCAUGUUUA